ACUCAUAUCAAGCACACACUUUGAUCAAGGGCCUCACAACACGAGUGUGAGUGUCCACUCUCACUCUCACAGCAAGAGUGUCAUCUCUAGCUCUUUCUCUCCCUAACAGACUGAAAGGCCUCAUUGUGUGGCCCUGCCCCCAACUGCAUAUAAGGAUCACCACCUAAAAAUUCGGCUGCCUCGGAUGUUUGUCUAUGGUUACUAUUAUAACUGUCUCCAGUUUGAAAGUCCACUAUUUCAUCUCCGUAGUGGCUGUACUUGACCAGUUGCUGCUGUUUUCCACUUCUGACUGACCAGUGUGACAGAGAGGGAGAGAAAGAUAAUGGCUGCCUGUAUCGGUGGGAUUCACUUCCUUUUUCUUUUAUUACUCGGCUUCCUGGUGAGCCACGUUGUGACGUCAGCAAAAUGGCGACAGGCCAGGGAUGUGUUCCUGUCCAAUGUGGAUACCUUGAGCGAGACAAUGAAGCGACAACCAAGUCACAUGAUCACCACACGUGACCUAUUCGGUCUGACCGAAGACGAGGACGUCACGCUGAUGGACUCAGCACCGAGUGAGCAAGGAACCAUCAUCAAAAAGUACGGCGAAACUUAUAAAGGACUUCCGGUAUUCGAUGCCAGCCUCACUGUGGAGACGGACGCCAAUACCGAUGUGUACACUGGUCAGGUGACCGGAAAACUGGCUCAGAACCUUGACGAUGACAUCAGCUCUACAGUACCAACUUUGAACGAGCCGGAGGUGAUGCUAUUAGCUGCCAACUACGGAAACUUUUCUAUGGAAGAGGCCCGCAUAGACUACGAUAAACUCCGGUUGACGAUCUUCGUGAAGGACAACGUAGCAAUCUUGGUGUAUCGAAUUCAAUAUUAUGCCGUAUCUAAUGGAAAAAAUUAUCGAUUUUGCAUGCUAAUCGAUGCGAAUAAUGGAAUGCUUGUUAAAAAAUGGAACACACUAGAAACUGCAAAAAACAAAUACAAAAUGAAAGGUGUCGGGGGUAACAAAUUGAUAGGUAAAUUGAGAUACGGAGAAGAACUACCAUAUUUGGAAGUGACACGUGAGGGCGAUGAUUGUUAUUUCGGCAACGACAUCGUUACAGUGGUGAAUCUAAAGGAGGAAGAGUCUUUCUGCCUAACGAGGCAGAAAGUGUUUAUAAUGUAAAAUGCAACACUGCUGCGAUGGAUGAAGCGAACGGAGCUUCUUCUCCGAUAAACGAUGCUAUUUUCUAUGGCAACGUCGUCUACAAUAUGUACAAAGAAUGGGUGAAGAUAUCCCCGGUGAAAAAGCUGCCAAUGGCUCUCCGCGUACACUUUGGCCAAAACAUAGUGAAUGCUUUUUACAAUGGAAGAAACUUCUCGUCCGGUGACGGCGACAGGGAGUAUCGGCCGCUAGUAAGUCUUGAUAUCAUUGCACACGAAAUAACCCAUUGCUUCAUGGAGGAACUUUCGGGCUUGAUAUACGAGGGGUAGUCGGGUGGUAUCGACGAAUCGUUCAGUGACCUGGCUGGGGAGGCAGCCGAAAAGUUUUUAAUCGUGUUUUAAUCGUGUCUACGAUUCCAAUUCGCAACGUGUGUAACCAAUCAACUGAUGGGAGGUCGAUAAUACAUGCUGGCGACUACAAUGAUCUUAUGGACGUACACUACUCAGUGGGGUAUUCAACAGGUUUUACUGUCUGUUAGCCAGAAGGAGAGGAUGGAAUACGAAAAGGGUUUUAAAGGAUGCGGCACAUUCCAAUCGUUUCUACUGGCAUCCGACAACUACUUUCGUUGAGGCCGCUUGCGACUUCAUGAAGUCCGCUUAUGAUUUUGGCUAUGAUACUAAACCGGUAGAGAGAGUUUUUAGAAAAGUUGGUAUAAAAGUGUGUGAUCUGUCUUCGUACAUCCGAACAGUGCACCAGAACUCAAAAAUCGAGGACCUAAGUGCGAUCCCUGAAGAAGAAAUCAUGUUUAAACUGAAGAUAAAGUCAGAAUUGAAGAACGUGAAAAUUGCUACGUUUGGCGGUAUAGGAGAAGCAGAUCUGUUUGUUUGCUACAAGAAACUCCGCUGCAAUGAGCAUUUGACGAAAUGGCGAUCGAACAAGCCCGGGACAAACCAGAAAAUUUUAAUGGAGAGUCCAAAGAAAGGUAGAUAUUUCAUAAUAUUAAAAUCAAAAGUCGAGGAUUUUAUCAAAGAUGUAACUUUAAAGUAACGUUAGAAGAAAA